UAAUAAUAAAAAAGAAACAAAGAAGGUUUCUUCCUAAAACCCUGGUUGGGUUUUUGGCUCUCUCUCUCUCUACAUUCAAUUCUUGUUCGAAUAACAGAUUCUCCGAUGCGUAGAAAACCAGUGAAUCAGAGAAUCCCAUCACCAUGAUCUCACGAACAAUCUCAAAAAUCGUGUAUUCUAAUGGAAGAAGAACUGGGAAAUCUUAUGCUGUGGCUGCUGCUUCUUCUGUGAGUGUGAACAAGUCCGAGAAAGGUGAUGAGAUUGUUAGCUCAAAACCCACUACUCGCCUUCAUUCUAAAAGGAAGUGUAUAGCUGAACGUCGAGCUGUGGUUGAAGCUUUUGUUGACAAUUAUAAAGCAACAAAUGGUGGAAAAUUUCCUCCUCCUUACCUUAUUACACAACAAACUGGUGGCUCCUACUAUCUUGUUAAGCUAAUCGUGCAAGAACUGCAGUCCGAAUCGAAAUCAUCUGUUGCUGUGGAUAAUGUGAAUCAAAAUGGCUUAGGAAAGAAAAAGACGAAAAAAACAAAGGAACCUUCAAUGAGAGCCAAAAAGUUAACAAAAAGUAAUAUAUCAGUAAAUCUUGGUGUUCAAGAUGAUAUUCAGACAACAUCAACCAACCUUGUCAAGAUUAAAAGUGUCGUGGACAAGAGUAUCGAAGCAGAGAGCAGUUCACUAUCUUCCUCUUCAGCCGAAAAGACAUUUCCCAACACGAAAGAAGCUGUAAAUAUAGAUGGUUCUUCUGAAUUUGCAGCAGCACAAGAUAGUUUUCUUAAAGGACAUGGCGAAAUAAAUGUUAGUUCAUGUCAAAAGAACGUGGCGAUUGAGGAUGUUCAGAGCAAGAAUUCUGAAUCUGUUGGAGUCCCGAGUAGUGUGCUGCAAGAAGGUUUCGGAAAUGUCUCUGGUGCAUCUUCUGUUUACUUAGAAAAUGAGAAACAGAAUGAAGAUCGGGCCGAGAAUGACAGUCCUGGUUUUGUUGAGGAGGGUUUGCAGAUGAUGAAUACUACAAAAGUUUUGGAUGCAAGCAUUGAAAAUGGUGAUGAUAAUAAACAAAAGUCAGCUGCUUCGGAUGAUCUGGACAAUUAUUCUAAGCAGACUAGUGUAGAAGAAUUUGUUAAAAAACCCUCACUCUGGGGAAAUCUGAAAUCAUUUGCGGGCGGAAUUUUCAACAACUGGAGAAAAUCUUAGAUUCGAGUUUUGAAGCUCGAAGGGGGUACUAGCUCAAAUGGUCAAACACGUGGUUUACUUACUAACAAGAUCUGAGGUUCAUGUCCCUCCUAUAUAUUUACAUAUCAAUUCGCAAUAAUUUUUUGGUUCCCAAAUAUAGUAGUGUUCGGACAAGGAACCUAGUUUCAAAAAGAAAAAGUUUUUUUGAGUGUAGCGUAAUGGUAUUUUUACAAUCAAUUAAUAGUUUGUAGCUUAAAGGUCUUGGAUUCGAACUUAUAACCUCUCCUUUUUCCCAUCCCUCCCUCACCACUAAACUAGCCUUAGUGGCUUCAAAAAAGAAAAAGUUGUUCAUUAUACAUUUUAGCUUAGUAAGUUAAAUGAAUGAAAUCUAAAGUUUACUUCCAAGAGCA